CAGUGGAGCAUUUCGAUUAUUGGCAGAUCCGAGAACCGAUCUCGUCUCAGUGAUGGAACACCGUUUGCCCAAGGAUUAUCGUACUCUGAUCUUUCGAUCUCUGCGCGAUAAGAAAACGACCCCAACGUUCGAAAUCCGACGUCCCUUCUCGCGUGGACACAUGGAUAUCUGAACACCUGCGGUCUACCACGGCACGCGUCGAUUAUCGAAGUGUCUAGAAGCACGAGAGUGGAAAUUCAUUUUCGGAUUUUCCAUAUCUGGCAUGUCGACGCCGGUUUUUCGCCACCAGUGGAACGUCCAAGCGUCGGACAUCGCGAGGAGAACUCGCAACCCCAUAAGAUCUAUCGUGGAGAGCCUGGUCAUCGAGCCUAAUCCUGCUAAAUCCGUGAUCUCGUUGUCCAUCGGUGAUCCAACUACUUUUGGCAAUUUAAGACCGCCUAAGGAAGUAAUCGAAGCUGUUCAACAAAGUUUGCUUUCCCAAUCAUACAACGGAUAUGCACCAAGUACAGGGUACCAGAUCGCAAAGGAAGCUGUAGCGGAGUAUAGUUCCAGCGAAUUUGUAAAAGUGGAUGCUAAGGAUGUAAUUUUAUGCAGCGGAUGCUCCAGCGCGCUCGAUCUCUGUAUAACAGCGCUGGCGCGAAGGGGCCAGAAUAUUCUGAUACCACGACCCGGUUUCUCGAUCUAUCGAACACUAGCAGAAGGUCUCGGUAUCAACGUAAAAUCCUACGAGUUACGCCCCGAGCACGGCUGGGAGAUCGAUCUGGACGAUCUGGAAUCGCAGAUCGACGAAUUCACAGCAGCGAUCAUUAUAAACAAUCCUUCGAACCCGUGCGGUUCCUUCAGCAGGGAUCACACACUUGACAUUCUUGACGUGGCAGCUCGUUACUACAUACCAAUUAUAGCCGAUGAGAUUUACGAGCAUAUGGUGUUCCCGGGACGGACUUUUCAUUCGUUAGCGUCCUUGUCGAGGAAAGUUCCUAUUUUGUCGUGCAGCGGACUGACAAAAAGAUUUUUAGUGCCAGGCUGGCGUAUGGGCUGGAUAAUCAUUCACGAUCGUCAAAACGUUCUGGAGGAGGAGAUAAGGAAGGCUCUUCAUUGUCUGAGUCAGAGGAUCAUCGGCAGCAACACGCUUAUCCAAGGUGCUCUACCGGCCAUUUUGAAGAACACGCCACAGCAAUUCUACGAUGAUAUCAUGGCGACGUUAUACAAUCACUCGAAAUCGGCGUACAAUUGCGUAAUGAAGAUCCCUGGUCUGAAACCAAUAAUGGCGGAUGGUGGAAUGUACAUGAUGGUUUACAUAGAUCUACCUUGUUUUCCGGAAUUUAAUUCCGACCUCGAAUUCGUGCAGCGAUUGCUAAUGGAGGAGUCCGUGUUUUGCCUUCCUGGCCAGUGCUUCGAUUAUCCGUCGUACAUGAGGCUGGUCAUCACCGUGCCCAUGGAUAUGUUGGAGGAGGCCUGUCAGAGGAUCCAGGAGUUUUGCGAGAGGCAUCACUAUAAGACGGCCGAGGAUUCGCAGAGGAAUAAUUUAAUUAAGGCGGGAAGUUCGUAUUAAACGAUGGAUAUGCAUGCCUUCAAUCGUUCUUCUAAUUACUUACUAUUUAAGAGGGUAAUUAACGAAGAGUGUUCUAGACUUUCAAAGUUUUGUAAAUAUUAUCGAUGGCACUGUGAAGCAUGUAUACCUAAGUGAAACAGGUUGACAAUUAUUAAAGAAAUUUGUCAACGUCUGUGUAA